AAAUAAAAAAAAUAAACCUUUGACAGCAACAGAUAUAAAGAGACCAAUAGCAAUCUUAAGCUUAGCUUUUUAGGAACAGAGAUCACAAAAGAAAGCAAAAAUGGCGAAGAAGGCAUUGUUGAUCGGUUGCAAUUACCCAGGAACGAAGGCAGAAUUGAGAGGAUGUAUAAACGAUGUCAAAAGGAUGUACACAUGCUUGAUUGAUCGGUAUGGAUUCAGUGAGGAUGACAUUACUGUACUCAUCGAUACCGAUGACUCUUACACUCAACCCACAGGCAAGAACAUCCGCGCCGCUCUCUCUCGUCUCAUCCGAUCCGGAAGCCCUGGGGAUUUCCUCUUCGUUCACUACAGUGGCCACGGUACUCGUCUCCCUGCUGAGACUGGCGAGGACGAUGAUACAGGCUAUGAUGAGUGCAUAGUUCCUUGUGACAUGAAUCUCAUUACUGAUGACGACUUCAGAGAUUUCGUUGACCAAAUUCCGGAUGGUUGUCGGUUGACAAUUGUGUCUGAUUCUUGCCAUAGUGGUGGGCUCAUUGACGAAGCUAAGGAGCAAAUUGGGGAGAGCACAAAGAAAGAUGACGAUGAUUCAGAAUCAUCUUCCUCGUUCGGGGGAUUCAAGAGCUUCUUUCAUCGAAAAGUUGAGGACGCAAUCGAGUCUAGGGGAUUCCAUGUCCCGUCGAAACUGCGCCACCAUGGUCGUGACAAUGAUGAUGAAGAUGAAGAUGUUCAAGAGAGAGAGUUUGAGAUAGAUGGAAUCAAGGUGAAGAGUAGGUCUCUUUCUGUCUCCACUUACAUCGAAAUGCUUAAGCAACAGACUGGUAAAGAAGACAUUGAUGUUGGGAAAGUGAGGCCAACCCUUUUUGAUGUCUUUGGUGAAGAUGCCAGCCCCAAGGUUAAGAAGUUCAUGAAGGUCAUUCUGAACAAACUCAACCACAGUGGUCAUGGCGAGGAGGGUGGAGAAGGCGGUAGCGGUUUGCUUGGGAUGGUGGGAAGUCUGGCACAGGAGUUCCUUAAGCAUAAACUCGAGGACGAUGAAGAUUAUGCAAAGCCUGCAAUGGAGACAAAGGUUGGCAGCAAAGAAGAGGUUUAUGCAGGAUCAAGCAAGAGGGCACUUCCUGAUGGCGGGAUCUUGAUUAGUGGAUGCCAAACACACCAAACUUCUGCUGAUGCUGCUCCGGGCGGGAAUGCUGCUGAAGCUUAUGGAGCUCUCAGCAAUGCAAUCCAGAUAAUCCUUGCUGAGACAGACGGUGAUGUUUCGUACCAGGAGCUUGUUAUGAAGGCUAGGAAAAAGCUUAAGAGUCAAGGCUUUACUCAGCAGCCUGGUCUCUAUUGCAGUGACCAUCAUGUUGAUGCUACUUUUGUGUGCUGAUCUUUUCAAUCCUAUCUCAAGUGUUUUUAUGGUAAUAGGAAAUAAGAGAUUGAAAUGGUUGCUUGAAUCAAUGAGUUUGUUGGGCGUGUUAUUGCUGUAAUCUUUUGGAUUUUGGACAGUUGAACCUUUGCACAAAAAAAUGAAAUUUUAUAUUUCAUCUAUCAUUUUCAUUAAAAA